GAGAAGAGCCUGUUCUCCAAUCUUUUAUAGCAAUAUCCAUCCUGCAAACAUCCGUUUCGAUUCCAUUUUUGAUCACGCUCCAGGAAAUAAGAAGUUGCUUGAGGUAAUUCAUUAGCCGGCCGGAUUAUUUCACUUUCAACUUCUUAUAAAAAUCCCCACGACCUUUUGUCCAGUUCAAAUUGAAACUUGUAGGGAAAAAUGAGGUGAGUCUCUACCUGGAGAUUAAUUUUCACAUGGAAAUUGCUCUCAGUAUCUUUGGCCAAGAUAUAAGUUGAAGAUGAAACUGAUAUAUCGUCAUUUCUUGGUCUUCAGUUAACGACCCUUUGUUAGUAAAAGAGCCGAAAAUCGUAUAAAUAGGCUGCGGAAACUGCGCAGCACUGCCAUAAUACAACAGGUUACCACGAGAGCAGGCGACCCAACAUGGAGCUUCCAACUAACACAUCGGUUAGUUAUCUCAACGGUACCUUGUACACACAUCCCGAGUUGAUCUUCUUUUCCGUUGGCUUCUCUAUCUUGAUAGUCCUGGCAAUCAUAGGUAACAGCCUGGUGCUGGUUGCCGUGGCCCGUACCAAGAAACUCCAGAACGUCACCAACGUGUUCGUGGUCAACCUGAGCUUGACUGAUUGUCUGUCUAGUUUUGGUUUUCUCUGGAGCGUGCCGGGUAUGGCGAGUACCACACCGGGCUACCUGUUGGAGUCCGAUGUUCCGUGCGUUGCGGCGGCCGGUCUUGUGUUUACAGCUGAAGGAUGCAGUGUGUACACCCUUGCAAACAUCGCCCUGAACCGAUGCAUCCUGAUCACCAGGUCUAAGGAGACCUACCAGUGGCUGUACACACCCAAGAAGAUUGCCCUGAUGGUCUUGGUGUCCUGGCUCAUUCCCUUCUGUGGCAUCGUGGUGCCGCCGCUUUCCGGAGUCGGAGAUCUCGGUUUCGACCCAGAAAGCCGCACCUGCAGUGACGUGGACACCCACCCAAGAGCAGCUGUCUACGACAAGGUUCAGUUUGCGGUCCUGUAUCCUGCCCCACUCCUCGUGAUCAUCGUGUCCUACAUCCUGAUCUGGCGACACGUCAAACGACACUUCAGGAAUCGCCGUAAUAACACCAGUAAUUUGCAGUCACUGAAACCCUUGAAAUCCGAUUCUACUCCAAAGCCAGAUGCUUCUCAUACCAACGUCAGUAGCUCCCAGAAACCCGGUGAGGCGUCUCCAAGACAUAGCGGGAGCUCACACCAUCUGAGCCGCAUGAGGAACGAGCAGUUUGCAAUCACCAAGAACCUCUUCGUGGUCGUCUUUGCCUUCGUCGUUUGCUUCACUCCCAUCUUCACCAUGGUCGUCACAAAGAGCAACCGUUAUCACCUGUACGGCGCAUUGUUCCUUUUCGCUAGCGGCUGCAUCAACCCUAUCAUCUAUGCCGCCAAGCAUCCUCAUUUCAGACCUGUCUUGCGAUCCAUGGUCCGAUGCAGAUGUUCCAGAGAGUGAGGAGGCCGGGGAUAAGCGGCCACUUCACGUCUAUCACGACGAUGUUGUUAAUAAACUCUGUGCACCAACCAUAAACCCUUUUCAUAGUGCUUGUAAUUGUGGCUUAUUGCCCCAUGAUGUAAGUUGUAUCAUUUUGUACUUUAUUACAUUCAGUGAAAGCUUUCAGUUUGUAUAGCAAAAAACAAAAAUUAUGCCGAGAGGGGUCGAGGUAUA